AUGCCUCACAUCUGCAGAUUCUGCGGCAAGGAGUUUCCAUCAAGAGGACGCGUCAAUAAACAUAUAGCUGUCCGCCCUGAAUGUAGAAGGCAAUGGGAGAUGCUGGUCAGUGAAGAUACUACAGACAAUGAAGGUGGCCUACCAGAGGGCUCGUUUUCCCCGCUUCGGCGCUCACGAUCCAAUUCCCUCAAUGAGGACAACCCAGCAGCAUCCAAAAAUUGGCAGGUGAUGGUUGAGGAUGCUGCCGACGAAGACAAGGACAAGGCCGAUGAAGACAGGGACAAGGCAGGGCAAUAUUUCGAGCCGUGUCCUGAUGCCGGCUGGACAUUGCGGGAGGGUCAAACUGGUUUCGAAGAGUAUCAGAAAUAUAAGCAGGGUGAAGGUCAAAAUGAGUGGGCUCCCUUCUUCGCCAGGGAAGAAUGGGAACUUGCUGAAUGGUUGAUUAAAAGCCUCGGGCAGACUCGAACAGAUGAGUUUCUGAAGUUACCGAUAGUGAGCCCGGUGUUGACUGCAGAGAAAUUGGCACUGACCAUAAAGGUCGAUGAGCUGCCAUGCGGAGCUGCAUGGAGCUGCAAGAAGCCAAUGCACGAGGACGUCGAACUUUGGAUGCGCAAUCCUGUCGAAUGUAUCAAAGACUUGAUUGGAAAUCCUUUGUUCAAGGACCAUAUGGUGUACGCACCUGCACGAGCAUACACAGACCCCGCAGGACUUCACCGAGUGGUUGAUGAUAUGUGGACCGCAGACUGGUGGGGUGACAAGCAAAAAGAGUUGCCGAAAGGAGCGACUAUAGUGCCCAUCAUUCUUGCGUCAGACAAGACAUGUUUGUCACAGUUCCGGGGUGAUAAAUCAGCAUGGCCUGUAUACCUUUCGAUCAGCAACAUCACUAAAGAAAAAAGGCGGCAAGUGUCAGCACGAGCAAUGGUCUUGAUUGGGUACUUGCCUGCAGGAAAGCUUGAUUGCUUUACAUCUGAUGCGCGCUCUCUUGCUGGUUACCGACUUUUUCACCAUUGCAUGUCCCUCCUCCUCCAACCUCUCAUUUCUGCAGGUCAAGACGGCGUUGAGAUGGUUUGUGCGGACUCGCUGAUCUGUCGAGUAUACCCGAUCCUUGCUGCUUAUGUGGCGGACUUUCCUGAACAAUGUCUUGUUGCAUGCUGCAAGGAGAACUGGUGUCCGAAAUGUCUGGUCGUGGGCGAUGAAAGAGGCAAUCCACUGAGUUCGUCGAUGUGGGACCCUCAGUUGAUUAAAGAGGUGUUGGAGAAGCGGAAAAAUGGUCAACAUCCAGCUGAGCUUGAGGAGUAUGGACUACGCACCAUCUACAAUCCUUUCUGGGCUGAUCUCCCACACACUGACAUUUUCCUCGCCUUCACACCUGACCUCCUACACCAACUCCACAAAGGCAUCUUCAAGGACCAUUUGGUCAAAUGGUGUAUUGAUAUUAUCGGCGAAGAAGAAUUUGACGCACAGUUCAAGGUGAUGCCUCAUUAUCCUGGUCUGCAGCACAUCAAGAAAGGGAUAUCUACAGAUAGUGGCUGGUGCUGUCCCAAGGUACGGUCAAACCUUAUGUAA